AGAAUAAGGAGGACAGUCACAAACAGUAAAGCGCUCAUACACACGUAGAGUGGUGUCAACAAAGCAAACAGCCCAACAUGAUUCUUAGCCAUGUCUUGACAUUCCUGGGUCUUUUACCAGCAGUAUCUGCAGUGACCAUUCUGUAUCCCAGCCUUGGCGGCUCAGAGACCCUGACCUGUGAGUGCUCGGACCACCAGUGUCAGAAGGUGUACUGGUACCGUUUCCUCCAGGAAACCGAAAAGCUCCAGUUCCUCGUGUUUGGUAACAGCGCGAACAGUGUGAAGCAUGCAGAGGGCAUCGACGGAACCCGCUUCAAGAUGUCUGCAAUUGAAGGGUCCAAGAUCAUGUAUUCACUGCGCAUCACCGGCCUGCAGAAGAACGAGACGGGCUUCUAUUCCUGCAUGUUUAACAGUCCAAAGCAUGAGCAGAAGAGCCAGAUGCCAGCUGGAUACUACAUCAGGCCUGGAGAACACACACCCACUACGCUACCUCCAACAGUCAAGAUUCCAAAGAAAACAACAACUUGGGUCAAUCAGCCAGUGAGAGGCUGUAAUCCUCUGGUGCUUUGGCCAAGUGUUGGUGUUCUUCUGGUCCUGGUCCUGGUCCUGGUUCUGAUCUCAACACUGUAUUACUUCAGCAUUUGCAUGUUCUCCCCGUAUCUGCAGAUUUCCUCCCACAGUCCAAAGACAUGCAGUCAGGCCAAUUGGGUAUGCUACAUUGCCCCUAAACGUAAAUGUGUGUGUGACUGUAUAAGCCUGUGUAUCUGGCAAUGAGUUAUGAUUUAUGCAACAAAGAUGUUCAUUACCUAAGAUUUAUAGAAUAAAAUAGAAAUAGCUUAACUCCAUUUGGCCUGCUUCAGCAGUUGAUGUAUCAUAUUUAUCAUGAUGUCAGUUUAAAUAACUGUAGUUUAUCAUUACUGUCAUUUCUAUUUCCUACAGAUUUCAGUAAUCAUAUUAUAGGUACCUGUAUUUGUCUCAGUACUGAAAAACUGUCCUCUCUUUGUCCAAAAUGCAGAACGAUGCAGCUGAAAUGAGAUGACUCUUAUGUUCCGGGCAUGAAGCACUGUUAGUCUCCACAAUCACUCUCCACUAAUCAAGUUUGUAGACUUAGUUCUGAACAUAGAUGCUUAACCUUGAAAGUUUGUAAUUCACCUAUAAAACAAUUACACACCCUUUUUGGCAUGUUUACAGGUGAUGAUCCUCUUAUGCUCUACAAUAAUAGUCAACAAGUCAGGCUUAAGUCCGAAUAACAGAAACUGCCUUUGCCAUCCAUCCAUCCAUCCAUCCAUUAUCUAAGCCGCUUCUCCGUCAGGGUCACGGGGGGGUGCUGGAGCCUAUCCCAGCAGUCUUCGGGCGGAAGGCAGGAUACACCCUGGACAGGUCACCAAUCCAUCGCAGGGCAGACAGACAGACACAGACAACUGCCUUUGCACAAAUUUAAAAUACUUCACUUUCAGUGCUACUUUCUGUUCUGAGCAUUGUUUUGUCUUUAUAACUUUUACUGGACUCCUUAACAUCAUGUAAAACUUAAUAUUUAAAUUUUGAAGAAAGAUUUCCAUUUAAUGAUUGACUGCAAAACAUUAAAUGAGCUUCCACUGAUCAACAUGCUUGAAAACAAAGCUAUCAGAGAGCUUUGAAUAAAGGAGGUAAAACGCAUUUCUUGCUUCUCUCUAUAUUUCAGAGAAAUGCAAGUUUUUAGUGUGCAACAUUUCUGCAUUACAAACCUUCCCUUAAGCAAAAGCUCAUGAAUGAAUAUAUAGAUUCUGUGUUACAAUAUGUCCAUAUUAAAUAUAUAUCCUGAAAAUGUGAGUUUUUUUUCCAUUUUACUGGUGAAUGUCACAAGUUUCCUUUAAUCUAGCAUUUAAAUCAGAGACCAGAUCAUUACCGGAGAAAAUCAGAGCUGCAUUUGAUGCACUAUUAUAAAUGCUUUCAAACUGUU